AUGGCUACUAUUCAACAAGGACCUAUGCUGGGGGUGACCCCAAGCAUGACUCAAGGUCUAAAGUCGUCGACCGAGCAUGUUGAACAUGUCGAGCACGUGGAAGACAAAGCUUCUUUGAUCCAAAAGACAAGUUUGCUAGGGUUGAAAAAUAUUGAGACAGAAGCAUAUGUGGUGGACAAGUUGAACGCUAACUUUGAGCUGGUUCUAUUGGUAUCCCUAUUACAGGGUACCAUUGACAGUAUCACAGGCCAUACCGAUAUAGUAACACAACAGGGCGGUCUUCCCUUCGUUGAGUUUCCUGCCAUUUUCGGUCACGAAGGAGCUGGUGUAGUCCGCGACAUUGGAAGAGACGUCAAGAUCAAGGACCUGGCCAUUGGUGACGCAGUUCUCCUCUCCUUCAAUCAUUGUGGAUCAUGCAAGACCUGUACGAGCGGUCAUUCUGCACUCUGCCCAGAAUCGUCAAUGAUCAACAUCAAUUCCGUACGGGUAAGCGACCGCAGCACACCAGCUCGGCUGGCUUCCGAUGGCCGUGCUGUCCGGAGUCAAUUCUUUGGGCAGUCCUCAUUCUGCAAAAUGUCUGUCGUCAACGAGAAAUCAGUGGUCCGGUGCCCACCGUCGGCGGUAGAGCACAUGGGUGUCUAUGCCCCACUCGGAUGCGGACUCCAGACCGGCGCCGGAACGGUCAUGAACGUCGUCAAGCCGGGCAAAGAAGACUCCAUCAUCAUUUUCGGACUCGGAAGUGUGGGUCUUGCGGCGUUGAUGGCUACACACUACCUCGAAACCGGGCAGAUCAUUGCCGUCGAUAUUGUUCCUGUCGGAUUAGAAGUCUAA